AUGGCCAGGGGCGAUUAUGUCGGCGUCGAGGAGGAUCUGGACAGCGAUGAGGCCAUCGAUGAGCACGACGAUACAAGCGAUGAGACUGUUGUGGACGGACUGAAAGUUACUAAGAGUACGGGAGCUGGUAAUGGGGACAAGACAGUCGCGAGUGACAACGACGAUGAUGAUGAUCAAGACGAAGAGGAUGGCAAGGGCGAAGAGACUGUUGAAGGCCUGAUUCAAGACCUUCAAGCAUUGGAGGAGGAGCCCGAACCGGGUUUUCAUCCGCUCAUCAGAGCACUCUACCAUGCAGUAAGCUUAUCUCCUCUCUACAUUUGCUCAGGCACGAGGGGAGCCGUUCAAGAAGCCAAGCACAAACCUCAGUUGAGUAUCUGCCAGUCGUUCCUAUACGAUUAUGUCUGGAACCGAUUGGACACGUUCCUUGAGUUGCCGACGGUCGAAAAGAAGGAUGUGUUUGCUGCUAUCAGCGGUAUCGUGGAUCUGGAUGUUCAUAAGGAUUUCCCCCAACAUGCUGAUCUGUUGUCAGAGUGCCGAGCAGCCAUCGAGUUGGAGUAUCCAAAAAUCCGUGAUCGCCUCCAAACUUAUCGUCAGUUUGUGGACGACGACGAUGGUCUCAAGGAAGCCAGGUUAGGAGAACUCAUGAAACAACUCAAGGAGGAUAUGUCUCGUUUUGAAGACGACACCGACGAAAUGGUCACCAUCGAGAUUCUGCGGAUUCUCGUGAAGCAGUCGAUGCCUGAUAAGUACGAGGGAGUCGAGCCAACAGAGACAUCGACCCUUUACGUUUGGUUCUCCAUUUGGAAACACCUCUUUUCUUCGACAGCUGUUGAUGUACAGUGCCCUACCAAAAUGUAUCGUAGUAAACAGUAGCCAUUGUAUUACAGCACUCUAUGGCCCAGUAAUCUUCGGGGUUUGCAUUUUGAGGCCAAAGCGCGUCCGCAAUGCAGCGGCUCCCGUCGCGCCAGAGCUACGAGCAACAGCCAAUAAAUAUGAAUGCG